CCCAACCUCAUCGCGCGCAACCCUUCCAUUCCACUUAUUGCAGCGCACAAACACCGUGCCUAGCGCUGCUUCAACGAUUCUUAAGUGCCGACCUAUACGCUUUCCAGCGUUACGCGCUCGCGCGACACUCGUCUCGAGGCUCACGUUCUCUACCGCACGCAUACGCCGCAACCAUCACAAUGUCAGGCGCAACCGCUGCAAAGGGGAAGAAGCAGGCAAACAAGAACGCCUAUAGGCGCGCGAAGAAGAAGGCGCAGCGCUCUGAGACACCAUCCGAAGCCACCGACUCUGCGCGUGAGAGCGAAUCUGCUGAACCAGAAAGCGACACGAAUAACGAUGUACAGGCGGUGAAGUCCGCGGACUUGGUUAACAUCAACGACAUCUCGAACCAGUACGACCUAGACAACCCACUCUUUGAGCAGUACAAGGACAUCUUCGAGAAGUUCAGGGAACGAACAGAGGAGGAGGUAGCUACUAGGGACGACGAGAAGCCUGAGAUCUACUACAGCGACAAUGACGAUGUCAGUGAGGAAGAGGACGGCACACCGAAGAUCUCGAAGAAGCAGCGCAAGGCCAUGAACAAGCUUUCGGUCGCUCAACUGAAGUCUUUGGUCAGCAAGCCUGAGCUGGUGGAAUGGACAGAUGUCUCCUCCUCAGAUCCGCAGCUACUGGUCGCCAUCAAGGGUGCGAAGAACGUCAUUCCAGUACCGACACACUGGUCUCUCAAGCGGGAGUACCUCUCCUCAAAGCGUGGUAUCGAAAAGCCGCCUUUCGCGCUGCCGAAGUUCAUUCAAGAGACCGGUAUCGCUGAAAUGCGAGAUGCUGUCCUCGAGAAGCAGGCAGAGAUGACGAUGCGACAAAAGCAGCGGGAGCGCGUUCAGGGAAAGCUUGGCAAACUCGACAUCGAUUACUCGAAACUCUACGACGCAUUUUUCCGACGCCAAACAAAGCCCGAAUUGACACGGUACGGCGAGGUGUACUACGAAGGCAAGGAGUUCGAGACAAACCUUGUCAACCUGAAGCCUGGUGAGUUGAGUGAAGAGCUGAGAGAAGCCCUUGGUAUGGUACCCGGUCAUCCACCACCAUGGCUCAUCAACAUGCAACGUUUCGGUCCUUCGCCCUCUUACCCUAACAUGCGUAUCCCUGGUGUGAACGCACCUAUUCCUCCGGGCGCUUCUUGGGGAUUCCAACCUGGACAGUGGGGUAAGCCACCAACAGAUGAUGCCGGACGGCCGCUAUUCGGUGGCGACCUUUAUGGCACCAGCAUUCUCGAGGAGCAGCAGCAGCCUACACACGAGGGCGAGCCCGUGGAACGCACGACAUGGGGUGUACUGCGUGCUGAAGGCGAGAGUGAGGACGAAGAGAGCGACGAAGAGGAGGAAGAUGAUGAAGAAGAAGAGGACGAGGAAGAGGAUGCAAGUGGCAUUCAGACAUCGAUGACCGGCGCUGCAUCUGCCAUGCCGUCUGAGAUUGGCGGGACAGAGAGCAUCGGUGGCGAGUUCACGCUUCGCAAGCAGCGCAAGGGAAUCGAAACCGAAGAACCAGGGGCACCGCGAAGCGCAUACCAGGUUCUGCCCGAAAAGAAUAUCUCAGCGACCGGCUUCUUCGGCGGCGAGCACGCUUACGAUCUCGAUGCAGCGAGGAGGGACCAGCUCGGAGCAGCUCAGAGAAAGCGAAAGGCCGGCGAUGUCGAUAUUUCUGUGGACGUUGAUCAGCUAGCGGACAGCGACAAGCUGGACAAGGACGCUUUGAAGAAGGAGUAUGAGUCGAGGCAACGAGCCGAGGCCGCAGGACAGUGGCAGAGUAUCGAUCAAGACGAUCUGGCGGACAUGAUAGCUUCAGAGAGCAGGAAGAGAGUCAAGAGAGAAUCUGAGCGUGGCAACAAGCGGUAAACGGAAGAGGUGGAUUCUUGUACAAAAGAUGGGUGGCUUGACGAUUGGACAGCUCGAAUCGAGCCGGCGUUAUGGAUAUCCAAGGGUUCUAAAGAAUCGUAGCCAGCAUUGGGAUAUGGCGUUACAUGCGGCGACCGUCAUGAUCGCGCAAAAUGAACAAAAUCGAGCUCAAGAGCCUCCGGUCUUUCGCACCGGACAGAACAAGACGAAGCUUACAGUGAUGAAAGAUGUUUCAAGUGGAAGGAUACAGUCAAGAGGAUUCGCAUGGUAACAAGAACGGUGUUGCCUUUGAGAUUGCAGACGUUGCACAGCAUCAUCAAGAACAGUCGAAGGCUCUUCUGAAAAGGUCAAGAC